CGUAACAUGUAUGUUACGUCUCAGGUUAUGUUAUUGCUAUUAUUUUAUUUGGGUUAUUUACUUAAAGAAUAUCAUUGGAUAAAUAAUAUCGGUUUUUCUUUAAAAAGAGUAAGUAGUGAUAAAGUAUUUAAAUAUUUUCAACAUGGAUUUCGCUCGAAAACAACUAGAAAAAUAUGGGUGGACCGAUGGUAAAGGACUUGGCAAGAAUGAAAAUGGCAUAUCUGUAGCUCUAAAACCAAAAUUGAAACGAAGUGUAGCUGGCAUCGGACACAACCCUGCCUCGGAAUACACUGAGCAUUGGUGGACUAAUUUGUAUAAUGAAGCUGCUGGCAAUGUAGAGGUUCAAGAAAAAAACGGCAGAACAAAAAAGAUCAAGGUAAAAGAUGAUCAGUUCAAAAUAACCAACAGUUCAUACCGCUUGAACAAGAAAACUGACUCAAAUCAGGAAGAAUAUUCAGAUUUCUUUGUAAAAACUGCAGUUUUGACCAACGGUGGGGUUAAAACAGAAAGAGUAAUAGAAACGGAUUCAGAAUCAGAAGAGAAGAACGAUAAGAAAGAUGUUUUUAAAAUGACAGAUGAGGAGUUGUUUGCUGCUUGUCAAGGAAGAACUGCUCACAAGGGGGCACGUCACGGUCUGAGAGCAGAAGGAAAAUUGGCGCGAAUACAACGCCAAGAACAAAUGUUACUAGCAGAAGCAAAAUACAAUGGCUACUCCCAUGCCAAAAAGAAAACAGAUCUAUCAAUAACAGGUUUGAAAAUCGUAGAAGAUACUAAUUUGAAUAGUGAUUCUGACAUAAAUGAGUCAAAAAAGAAGAAGAAAAAACGAAAGCGUUGUUUUAGUAACGAAACGUUUAAUUUAGGAGCUGAAUGCUGUGUAUCUUUGCUUGAGAACAGUGAAAAAGUUAACGACGACGGAAACCAUACAUUUGGUAAAAUUAGUAAAAAAAUUAAAAAGUGUAAAAGAAAAUCGGAGGGAGGCGAAAGAAAUAUAGAAAAUAGUAAUAUAGAUGAUAUAUCAAAAUCCUAG